GGCUCGCAUGCAAAAAGCAAGGAGACGAUGUUGCUUUCGUCUGGGGAGACGGUACAGCGGCAAGCAGAUACGUUGGCUUCUGGAAAGAAUCCCAUCCCGAUUACAAAUCGGGAAGUUGCGCCAUGGCGACAUUAUCGAGAACUGAACUGGAGUGGAGCCUCGAACGAUGCAAUAUAUUACGGCCGUUCAUCUGCGAGAUGCCGGCUUGCACGAAAGGUGACGUUUGGGGUUGAUAAGCCCGGGUUGAAUGUGUUUAUCGUUUGUUUUUAAGG